UGAGAAACUAUUACUCUCAUUCCGUUCUCCUUGUCAAGUGAAUCUAGUCAUCAUUGAUGUUGGAAAAUCGCCAGUGCUGAAUAGUUUUCCCAAUCAGACAUGGAUUUAUUCUCUUGUAUCGUGUUAUUGGUAUUGAUUCCAGUGGCGAUUCUGGUGUUAAUAAAUGUAUGUCUGCAUCGCACUCGAAUAGGUCAAUAUGUCGAUAAGAUUCCUGGACCCAAAGGAUAUCCCAUCAUCGGCAAUCUUCUGGAUUUCAUGGUCGAAAGCGACGAAAUGUUUCUGAAAAUGAGAAAACUCAGUGAACAAUUUUAUCCCACAUAUAAAUACUGGAUUUUACAUCGGCCGGUGGUGAAUAUUCGGCACCCGGAUGAUCUUGAGGCGGUACUAUCUAAUCCCAGAGGAAUUGAAAAAUCUUCACAUUUCCGCCUCCUGAAACCCUGGUUCAAAGGUGGCCUGUUGAUAAGCGAAGGUGACAAAUGGCGCAGCCGAAGGAAGAUGUUGAACUUCGCAUUCGUCAACAGUCUCCUCCAGGAAUAUGUGGGGACUUUUGCAGAGCAAACUAAUCGUCUUUUGAACUCGCUUAAAGCUGAGGCAAGUGCACAGGGCGGACAUGCUGUCAAGGAUGUUGAGAAGAUGUUCUCGAGGCUCUCACUCAACAUCAUAUGUGAAACGAUAAUGGGAAUAUCUCUGGAUGACAAAGAUCGAGAUCAAUACGCCUACAUCAAUGCGAUCCUCGUAGCUGCACAAACUUAUCAGUACAGAUUCAUGAGACCCUGGUUAUCGAAUGAUCGAGUUUUCUCACUCACUAAAAUGGGACAAAAGCUACAACAGGAUGUAAAAGUAAUACACGGAUUUUCAGAGAAGAUUAUUCAAGUGAGAAAAGAUUACCAUGAACUGAACGGCUGGAAAUAUUUGGAUGGAUUAUCGGCGGGAAAUGCACGAAAAGGAUUCGACGACACGGGAAAAAACCGUCAAAGACUUGCGCUUCUCGACCUUUUGAUCGCUGCAUGGAAAGCCUCCGCAAUUGAUGAUGAGGGCAUUCACGAAGAAGUUGAUAUGUUCGUGGCUGCUGGUCAUGAUACUACAGGCGCAGCACUGAGUUUUAUAGCAUUAGCUCUUGCAGCGCAUAAGGACGUCCAGGACAAAUGUCGGGAAGAAGUCAAUGAAGUAUUAAACGGAAUUCCACCGCGGAAAAUUACCAUUAGUGAAGUCAAGAGCAUGCAUUACCUACAACAGUGCAUCAAAGAGUCCAUGCGACUGUAUACUGUGGCUCCUCUAAUAGGUCGAAAGAUACUCGAGGACACGAAACUAAAGGAUUAUUUCCUUCCUCGAGGCACUGAGGUUAAUAUUCACAUAUACGAUGUUCAUCGAGAUCCUAAUUUCUGGCCUAAUCCAAAUGUCUUCGAUCCUGAUAGAUUUUCACCGGAGAGAUCUAAAGGCAGACAUCCUUAUUCCUUCCUACCCUUCGGUCUUGGACCCAGGGAUUGUGUUGGGGCCAAAUUUGCCAUGCUGGAAAUGAGAACUAUUUUGGCCCUACUUCUCACCAAUUUCUACUUUGAACCCGUGGAGUCACUUCGUGAUGCACACUUUUUCACGGAUUUACUCGUCAGAUUUCGUGAUCCAAUGCACGUGAAAUUUGUUCCAAUUGUUAAAUAAAUUAUCAUCAAAUUGUAAUGUGAUUGUCCAUAGUGAUAAAUGGAAAAUGAUCGUCCAAAUAAAUGAAACUUUCCAGUAAUUUUUCUAUGCA